AUGGCAUUCAGGAGGCAAGUGAAAAACUUUGUAAAAAAUUACUCAGAUGCUGAAAUAAAAGUCAGGGAAGCAACUUCUAAUGACCCUUGGGGUCCCUCUAGCUCUCUGAUGUUAGAUAUCAGUGACCUGACUUUCAACACGAUUUCUCUCUCAGAGAUUAUGAAUAUGUUAUGGCAGAGACUACACGACCAUGGGAAGAACUGGCGCCAUGUGUAUAAAUCCCUUACACUAAUGGAUUAUCUCAUCAAGAAUGGAUCAAAGAAAGUUAUUCAGCAUUGUAGAGAGGGGUUCUGUAACCUUCAAACACUAAAAGAUUUUCAACACGUAGAUGAAGCUGGAAAAGACCAAGGUUAUCAUAUCCGGGAAAAGUCUAAGCAAGUCAUCACAUUGCUGAUGGAUGAACAAUUGCUGCAUAAAGAGAGGGAAGUAGCAUGUCGGACUAGACGGCGCACCUCUCACUCUAUGACGUUUCCUAAAAGAUUACCUGGUACAGGUAACUCACCAACAGCCUGCGCUUCUGCCCCCACACCAGAAAUUCCUGCUUCAGAGAAGAGGCAAAAGCUGCUUAAGGUUGCAAGGCUACAUAAAAAAAACGCUGCCAAGGCAGGAUUCAAACAAGAGCAGUGCCAAGACAUCCAGUUGUCUAGUGGAACCGUGUUGUCCCAGGAAACACUGCCACUCGAGUUUAAUGCUUGGAAGUCAACAGAGGACCUGAUACUGUUUUAUGAGGAUGAUCCAGAGCCACUUUUGCCAACGACUCCUCCUGCCAUUAUCUCGUCAACUACGUGGUUGUCAGAAGGGCAAGCAGACGCUGGUAAUCUCCGGGAUGCAGAUGCUAUGCCUACUCCCUCAGAAAAAAACCCAUCUCCGCAGGCAAAUGUGAGUUUAGACAAGAAAUCAGACAGUACCAGUACAAAUACUGUAACAGAAGGCCCUUUGCAAAUGUCUCUAGAAAAGCAGUCAGCUGCAAAAAGUUUCGAAACACUGACAACUUCACCAGCAUUUUGGUCCUCGAGUAGAAAGGAGCAUAUCAGUCCUAAUUUAAGGAUGUCAAAGUCAGAUUCUACUUUCCAUAACCAAGCCUCCGUAGAGACGCUCUAUGUCUCUCCCUCAUUCGAAACAUUUGACUCAGUGGAGAGGAUUGUAAUCAAUAAGGACUCUCAGGAAUCGACACAACCCAGCACUGUUCAGAUGGAUGAUGAAAACCUCAAAACCUUAACGACAUUGGUGUCAACCACCUCCGAGGGAACAUCCUCCUUUUCUGCUUUAUCCGUGUCAUCUCCUGAUUCAGCAUCUCCAGAGAAGUCUGUUCCUGUCUUACCCGCAGUGCUGGCCGGACCUUCAUUCUGGACUUUGUCCCAUCAACAGUCUUCUGUCUUCUUUAAGGAUAAGGAUAAGACAGCCAGUGCUGGUUGUCCCUUUGGUCCUCUGGGUGCAGCAUCUUCUGAUGAAGAAGAAAAUGACACCCUCAGUCUACCGAGACUUCUUUCAGCUAACUCCGAUUCUGCUACAAAAAAGAUAGGUCGUAUUUCCAGCCAUAACUGGGUGGAGUUUUCCACCCAAAACGUAGACCGCUUCACCUCUAUGUCCUGUUCUACUUUUCAGACAACCGAAGGCCUGCCCAGGGAGACUGAAGCAAACAGCUCCAUUCCAGUUCUCCUAGGGGAAGUAAAAAACGCGAUCGUCAAGUUACACGAAGACCUGAGUAUGGUGAUACGAGAACUUGGUGUCAUCAACAGCCGUCUAGUAAACAUGAGUGGGAACAGUCUACAAAUAAGCAUGUCCUUGCCGUUCCCCCAGUCUUCCGAGGAGAGCUCAGAUCAAAUCUAA